GAUAAACAUGUGCCCAGACACACUUCAUUGGCGUGUUGCUCCAUUCAUUUGAAUCUGCUCUUUUUUGCCAUUAAUCAGUUUAUAGUAGAUGGUUUUCUUCACUUCCUCUUUGAUGCUGUUGUAUUUACUUAACUGAGAACUUUUUUCCGUGCAUAUUUUUUUCCAUAAGGAAUUGAGAGGGAAGGUAGGAGGAGCCCAGCCCGAGUGUGCUUCGCUCUCUUUCUCUUCCACACACUCACAUGCACUCUCUCUCUUCCAUUCUGUCAUUGCCAUCCCAGAAGAACGGAGCAACACUUUAUGCUGUGAGGCGACAGAAUUUGAAUUUUGUUUGAAUGACAUUUGGAUGGAUUAUUCUUUUUCUUCAACAAAACUUGAGAGAUCAACAAGAAAACAAGCGUGAGAAAGUAAGGGGUCAUAUUUCACUGACGUUGUUCUUUCAUUUACGUCUAAAUGAAUUGAAGCACGUCUUUUGACGCUGAACUUUUUUUUCCUCACAGUAAGACGUGUGGUCUGUUGAGUCUUAUUUUUUUCUACUUUGAGAUAGUUUAGACAUAAAGCAAAAUGGUUGCGGGUAUGCUCAUGUCCAUGCGUGACCUGAGGGCAAUCUACGAGGUUCUCUUUCGAGAUGGAGUCAUGGUGGCCAAAAAGGACAAGAGACCUCAGACCAAGCAUCCUGAGGUACAAGGAGUGUGCAACCUACAAAUAAUCCGUGCUAUGGGAUCACUUAAAUCCAGAGGCUUUGUGAAGGAAACAUUUGCCUGGAGACAUUUCUACUGGUACCUUACCAAUGAGGGUAUUGUUUACCUGCGUGACUACCUCCACUUGCCGCUGGAAAUUGUUCCUGCCUCUUUGCAGAGGUUUAAGAAAUCAACAUCCACUCUGGUCAUGGCGCAACGGGCUGCAAAGGUCCAAUCUGUUGAAGGUCCUACAUCUUACGUGCCCAAACCAAGGCUUAGGGGUGAAGCUGAAAGCCAAGAAGCAGUGGCAGAGCGUCAAAGCUACCGCCAUCGGAUGAUGGCUCCCAGAGAAAAAGAGGGCUACUCUGACAGGACCCCCAGAUUCAGGGGCCGUCCACUGUCUUCAGAAUCUGUUCGGCCUAAACAAAUGGAUAACCCAUCUCUUUUGUGGUUGACAAAGGGGAACAGCCCUCAGGGUGAAUCAAUCCCGAUGGACCACUCACAUCAGCAGUCUGAUGUGAGCAAUGAGAAGGCAACAUCUCAAGAGAAAGAAGCAUCUGAAGUGCAAAAGGAGAAACAAUUGAGUUUUUUUUCUACUUCAAAGGCAUCGGGGAAAAACGAUCUGUCAAAGUCCUCUCUGACUGCCGGAUCCCCCAAAGCAGCCCCACUGCUGACUGUCGCUCCUCUUGCUGAGGCUAUAGAUGCUACACCUCCAGGAAUCAAACGUGGGCCCUCGCGCCCUGAAGUCAACACAGACAAGCUGAAAAUUGCAGAUGCUUGUAAAAUGAUUACCAGCGAUUCAUCUAGUUUAGCACGUCCUCAAACAGAGAUCAAAAAGGCGGUCAAUAAAGAGGCUGUUCUGCAGGUUAAAUCUUACAUCACAGCCACUUCUGUGCCAGCAACUGAUAAGGUAAAUGCUUUGACCUCUCGGUCUGCUGCCCAGGGAAGUACCACUUCGGUGACAGAAAAUCAUACAGCCACCAAUGUCAUAACCAAAACCACCACCGAUGAUGUCAAAGAAAAAAUGAAAGCUAAUGCUGAAGCAGAACUUGGCACAACUGAAAUCGUAGCUGAUAAAGUAAAGAAAAAUAAAAUGGCUAAACCAGCUUCUCAGGAAACAUCCAAACUACGAACCAAUACUGAUCUUUCUGUAAUGAAACACACCAAUAAAGAUGCAGUGGAAGAAGAGCUCAAAAGAGCAAUUGUGAAAAAGGAAUCAGCGAAAAAUUCUGGUUCAAAGAACCAAGUUGAAUCUGAAAUAAUUAAUGAAAAGCCCAAAACUACAUCAACAGUAGCCAUCAUUCAGGAAACAACCAAAUCUCAACCAGUGAAGUCUGCGGAUGCAGAAGAAAUGCCUACAAUUAAAGAAGCUCAGAAUCUCUCUGUGACACCAGCAAAGUCUCAAAAUGAAGAAAAGUGUGAGAAUACACAAGUGGAGUCCUCAGUAACUGAAGUUAUUACAACCACUGUCACAGAUAGUACCGAGAAGGCAAAACCAGACAAAAACAAAACCGCAACAAAACAAAAGAAAACUGAGGUAAAUGCAAGUCAAGGUGUUAAGAAAGAAGAGUCACCAUCACCUGAAGAAGCAUGUAUAACACCCUCUCCAAUCUCUAUGUCUUUGGAACAAGGCACUUAUCGUGGGCUCAGUCAAACUAUUGUGCCCACUGAACUGGCCAUUGAAAACAAACAAGUGAUUGUGGCAAACUCUAAAUCCAAGCGAAAGAAAAAGAAAUCUCAAGCAGAGAAAAUCAAGAGUAGUGAUGGUACACCUGAGACAACGGAAGAAGGCAAAAAUGAGAAGGUCAAGGCCCAUGACGUCGAAACAAUGCCAGAGGGACCAUCUUCAACACAGACAAAAAAGGCUGAGGCAAAAUUAAAUAAUGAUCGGGAGCAAGAAAUCGAUGCCUCUAAACAAAUGGCAGUGACACCGUUGGGGGAAACCUCUAAACAAGCAAAGGCUAUUUCUGAAGAGUCAACCUUGCCAUUUGGCAAGAACGCUGCAGUGCCCCGAGUGGCUCAUCCAGAAUCUGCACAAAUCGAAUGCACUCUGCCUGACAUGGACUCAAAGACACGUGGGGAAAUCACUCCUGCUAAAUUGGAAAAAGUGACAGAGCCAUUGCAAGUACAUGCCCCGCCGAACAAAAAACGAGUGAAAUUGUUAAAAAGCUUGAACAGUAAAGAUGUGGUUGAGACUUCAGUGUGUUCAACUAAAAAGCUGGAAGCGGAAACACCGCUAUCCACUGAAAUGACACCUUUGCCUGGGGACACAGUGAAAGACAGCUCCCUUGUGACCUCUGAACUGCAAAAACAUCAUGAUCCUCCAAAUACGACUCCUGAAAGAAUGUGCAGCGAGGAAACCAGACUGGCAGCAGCUGUGCUCUCUCAGGCCCCAGCAGACAAAGGGGGGGUGGAGCCAGAACUGCUCUUUGCAGAAAAAAUCAAGCAGGAGGUUCCAAAAGCAAAAACAUCCUCCACUGUGAGGGAAGCACCCAAAGCCAAAGAAUUAGCGUCAGCAGAGCCAGUGGUAACAGCCGAGGCAGCUGUAGCUCAGGCACGGGCCAACCCCCUUGUCAAGCAAGAGGAGCCUCCCAUAGUUGCACAACAUUCAGCCACUCCGGCAGCAGAGUGCAGCGCAGCAAAUCAGCUCUGGGUGUCAGAGGCCUUAAAGAAGGAGGAAGAGAAGAAGAGGGACUUGCAGGAGGACACACCCUCUCCCACUGCAGCACCCGAAAGUGCCCGGCCUCACCUGGGGGACACCGUUCUCUCUGCAAGCCCGGAAACAGACGAGGGCAACAUGAAGAGGAAAAUUGUAGUGGUCGAAGAGAUUGUUGAGGUGAAACAGCUUGUUAGUCCUCAGGCAACUGGGGAGCAGACGAGUCCACAAACUGUGCAGCCUAAGGCAGAAGAAGAUGAAGAAUUGGACUUGGAUGUUUUGGAAGAGAUAGCCAUAGAGAGGGCACUUUUGUCAGGGGCGCCGGCUGCCAGGGUGCAUGGAGCUUCACCUGAGGCAAGCUGGGACCACUCACUGGAGGAGCCAGAGGACAAGACAUGGCCUAACUUCGUUGAAGAUGAACGUGAUCGAGUACAGAAAAAGACCUUCACCAAAUGGGUGAACAAGCACUUGAUUAAGCCCUGGAGAGCAGAGGCUCAGCGUCAUGUGUCAGAUCUGUAUGAGGACCUUCGAGAUGGACAUAACCUGAUCUCAUUGCUCGAGGUCCUCUCUGGAGAAAAACUGCUGAGGGAGAGAAACGUUCUCGGGAGAGUUCCAUUGCCCAGAGAGAAAGGCCGCAUGAGAUUCCACAAACUGCAGAAUGUACAAAUAGCACUGGACUUCCUCAAGCACCGGCAGGUCAAGCUUGUUAACAUCAGAAACGAUGACAUUGCGGAUGGGAACCCCAAGUUGACCCUUGGGUUAAUAUGGACCAUCAUCUUACAUUUCCAGGUCUCCUCCUCUAUCUCGGAUAUUCAAGUCAACGGCCAGUCUGAAGAUAUGACGGCCAAGGAAAAGCUCCUUCUCUGGUCACAGAGGAUGACGGAUGGUUACCAAGGUCUCCGAUGUGACAACUUCAGCACCAGCUGGAGGGAUGGAAAACUCUUCAACGCCGUCAUACAUAAACAUUAUCCUAGGCUAAUUGACAUGGGCAAAGUGUAUCACCAGAGCAACCUGCAGAACCUCGAACAGGCCUUCAACGUGGCUGAGAAAGACCUGGGGGUGACACGUCUUCUGGAUCCUGAGGAUGUUGAUGUUCCCCACCCCGAUGAGAAAUCCAUCAUCACUUAUGUGUCUUCUUUGUAUGAUGUCAUGCCUCGGGCUGCUGUACACGACAUGAGAACUAGUGAGUUGGAGCUGCGCUGGCGGGAGUACUAUGAGCUCGUAACUGUUUUGCUCCAGUGGAUCCGCCACCAUGUCAUGGUCUUUGAGGAGAGAAGGUUCCCAGCCAGUUAUGAGGAGAUAGAGCUGCUUUGGCGGCAAUUCAUGAAGUUCAAGGAGACAGAACUGCCACCUAAAGAAUCUGACAAGAACCGCUCCAAACACAUCUACCAAACCUUUGAGAGUGCAGUGCAUGCUGGACAGGUAAAGGUCCCUCCGGGCUACCAUCCUAUUGAUGUGGAGAAAGAAUGGGGUCGACUUCAUGUUUCCAUUUUGGAGAGAGAACGACUGCUAAGGACGGAGUUUGAGAGACUUGAGAGACUUCAGCGGAUUUUCAGCAAAGUGCAGAUGGAGUCAGUAAGAUAUGAUGAGCUCUUCAUGCGCAUUGAGACCUUGCUCCAGACGGACAUCCGCCUCCUUAACGCGGGAAAACCGGCUCAGCACACUGCAGAAAUUGAUCGUGAACUGGACAGGACGGACAACAUUGUUCGUCUUCUCUUCAAUGAUGUACAAACGCUCAAGGAUGCGCGCCACCCUCAAGCUGAACAGAUGUACCGCAGGAUCUACAGCCUACGCGAGCGCCUAGUAAACUUGCGCAGCGAUUACAACCUUCGCCUGAAGUCUUCCCAGAUUGCCUUGAACCAAACAUCCCAAAACACUACCAUGAAGGCACGGCCAGAGUUGGAUGACGUGACGUUGCGCUAUGUCCAAGAUCUUCUUGCUUGGGUGGAGGAGAACCAACAUCGUAUUGAUGGGGCUGAGUGGGGUUCAGAUCUGCCAUCUGUUGAGUCGCAGCUGGGCAGCCACAGAGGCCUGAACCAGACAGUGGAAGACUUCAGGUCGAAGAUUGAACGUGCAAAGGCUGACGAGAACCAGCUAUCCCCAGCCAACAAAGGCACAUACCGAGAGUACUUGGGUAAACUGGACCUUCAGUAUGGCAAACUCCUGAACUCAUCAAAGUCCCGCUUGCGGAACUUGGAUUCACUGCACGCAUUUGUCAGUGCAGCAACCAAGGAACUCGUGUGGUUAAAUGAGAAAGAAGAGGAGGAGGUCAACUUUGACUGGAGUGACCGAAACACCAACAUGGCAGCAAAAAAAGACAACUACUCGGCUCUUAUGCGAGAGUUGGAGCACAGGGAGAAAAAAGUCAAUGAUAUCCAGACUAUGGGAGAUAAAUAUAUCAAGGAUGGCCAUACUGGCAAGAAGACAGUGGAGGCCUACACAAGUGCCCUGCAGACUCAAUGGAGCUGGAUUCUUCAACUGUGUUGUUGUAUUGAAGCUCAUCUUAAAGAGAACACGGCUUACUACCAGUUCUUUGCCGAUGUGAAAGAGGCUCAGGACAAGAUGAAAAAAAUGCAGGAGACUAUGAAUAAGAAAUACAAUUGUGAUCGUUCCACCACAGCCACACGCCUAGAGGAUCUGCUGCAGGAUACUGUGGAGGAGCGAGAACAGUUGAAUGAAUUCAAGACACACGUGAAUGGCCUUAACAAGAGGGCUCGCUCCAUCAUUCAGCUGAAACCACGUAACCCCACCACAUCCAUCAAAGGCAAACUGCCCAUUCAGGCUGUAUGUGACUUCAAACAACAAGAGAUUACUGUUCAUAAAGGAGACGAGUGUGCACUCCUCAACAACUCCCAGCCUUUCAAAUGGAAGGUUUUGAGUCGCUCCGGACAUGAGGCAACUGUGCCUUCUAUUUGCUUCCUGGUUCCACCAGUAAACAAGGAUGCCAUGGACAGUGUGUCCAGUCUGGAAACAGGUCAUCAGCAGAUGGUGUCCAUGUGGCAGACGUUGUAUAUCAACAUGAAGAGUCUGCUGUCGUGGCAGUACCUGAUGAGGGACUUUACACAAAUUCGCUCCUGGAACAUCACAAUGUUAAAGUCAAUGAAACCAGACGAAUAUAGACAAAUGAUGAGGAACCUGGAGCUCCACUACCAGGACUUUAUGCGUGACAGCCAGGAUUCGCAGCUCUUUGGCCCUGAUGACCGCCUCCACGUAGAGGGAGACUACACCAAGACCACCCAGCACUUUGACAGUCUGCUUCGCUCUAUGGAGGAAGGUCAACAAAAUGAGUCUCUGUGUAAGAACUUUAUCUCGGAGCUCAAGGACCUGCGACUGCGAAUUGAAGACUGUGAAGCCCAGACUGUGGCUCGCAUCCGCAAACCAAUGGAAAAGGAACCUCUGAAAGAAUGUGUUCAGAUGAACGUAAACCAGCAGAAAAUGCAGGUAGAGCUUGAGGCUCUCAAGAAGGACCUUGAUAAGGUGUCAGUGAAAGCACAAGAAAUCUUGAAGUCCCCACAGGAGUCUACCUCUUCUCCUGUUCUGCGUUCAGAGCUAGACCUCACCGUACAGAAGAUGGAUCACACCUACAUGCUGUCCUCCAUUUAUCUUGAGAAGCUCAAGAAUGUGGAAAUGGUUAUUCGUAACAGCCAAGGUGCUGAGGGUGUACUCAAACAGUAUGAGGACUACCUGCGUGAAGUCCACACUGUGCCCAGUGACAUCCAGGCUGUUGAGACAUACCGUACUAAGCUUAAGAAAAUGCGAGCUGAGGCUGAGGCUGAACAGCCAGUGUUUGAUUCCCUCGAAGAAGAACUAAAGAAAGCCUCUAUUGUGAGUGACAAGAUGAGCCGUGUGCACAGCGAGCGUGAUGCUGAGCUGGACCACUACCGGCAGCUCCAGUCUAGCAUUCAGGACCGGUGGAAGGCCAUGUUUACGCAAAUUGACCUUCGCCAGAGAGAGCUUGAGCAGCUCGGCCGGCAGCUGGGCUACUACCGUGACAGCUAUGAUUGGCUGAUCACUUGGAUAGCAGACGCCAAGCAAAGGCAAGAAAGGAUACAAACUGUACCCAUCACAGACACCAAGACACUGAAAGAGCAACUGGCCCUCGAAAAGAAGUUACUGGAGGAGAUUGAGAAGAACAAAGUUAAAGUCGACGAGUGUCAGAAAUAUGCUAAAGCAUACAUUGACACAAUCAAGGACUACGAACUCCAGUUGGUUGCCUAUAAAGCUCAAGUGGAGCCUCAUGCUUCUCCUUUAAAGAAAACCAAACUGGAUUCUGCAUCUGAUAACAUCAUUCAGGAGUAUGUAACACUGAGGACCAGAUAUAGUGAACUGAUGACUCUGACCAGUCAGUACAUCAAGUUCAUCACUGAUGCACAGCAACGCCUGGAGAAUGAGGAGAAAGCUGCAAAGAAACUCAAAGCAGAAGAAGAGAAAAAAAUGGCAGAGAUGCAGGCCGAGUUAGACAAACAGAAGCAGUUAGCAGAAGCACAUGCAAAGGCCAUUGCCAAGGCAGAAAAAGAGGCGCAAGAAUUGAAACUCAGAAUGCAGGAAGAAGUUAGCAAGAGAGAAAUUGCUGCUGUAGAUGCAGAAAAGCAAAAGCACAAUGUCCAACUGGAACUUCAUGAGCUAAAAAACCUUUCAGAGCAGCAGAUCAAAGACAAAGCUCAGCAAGUGGAUGAUGCUGUUCAAAGCAGAAUAAAGAUUGAAGAGGAAAUACGCCUUGUAAGAAUCCAACUUGAGACAACCGUCAAACAAAAAACUACAGCUGAAUCAGAGCUAAAGCAACUUCGUGACAGAGCAGCUGAGGCUGAGAAACUGAGGAAGGCUGCCCAGGAAGAAGCGGAAAAGCUACGCAAACAAGUCCAUGAAGAGACCCAGAAAAAGCGUAAGGCAGAGGAGGAACUCAAAUUAAAAUUUGAGGCAGAAAAGGAAGCAUCAAGGCAAAAGCAAAGGGCACUGGAUGACCUCGAAAUGCUCAAAAUGCAGGCAGAGGAGGCAGAAAGGCAGGUGAAGCAGGCAGAAAUUGAAAAGGAAAGACAAAUCAAGGUUGCUCAUGAAGCAGCACAGAAGAGUGCCGCCGUUGAGCUCCAGAGCAAACACUUGUCCUAUGUGGAAAAAACCUCAAAGUUGGAAGAAUCCCUCAAACAGGAGCAUGGUGCUGUCCUUCAACUGCAACAAGAAGCAUCACGCCUCAAGAAACAACACGAAGAUGCGGAAUUGGCUAGGGAAGAUGCCGAAAGGGAACUUGAGAAAUGGAGGCAAAAAGCUAAUGAGGCCCUCCGUCUAAGGCUCCAGGCUGAGGAAGAGGCUCACAAAAAGAAUCUUGCACAAGAAGAAGCUGAGAAACAGAAGGAUGAGGCAGAGCGUGAGGCCAAGAAAAGAGCCAAAGCUGAAGAAUCAGCCCUAAAGCAGAGAGACAUGGCUGAGAAAGAACUUGAAAGGCAGAGGAAGAUGGCCGAGAGCACGGCACAGCAGAAGCUGACUGCAGAACAUGAGCUGAUUCGUCUCAGGGCAGACUUUGACAACGCUGAGCAACAACGAACCCUGUUAGAAGACGAGCUUUACCGUCUGAAGAAUGAGGUUAUCGCAGCUCAACAGCAAAGGAAACAACUGGAGGAUGAACUUGCCAAAGUGAGGAGCGAAAUGGAUGUACUCCUGCAGCUUAAGUCAAAGGCAGAAAAGGAGACCAUGUCAAACACAGAGAGGAGCAAACAGCUUCUUGAGGCAGAGGCCGCCAAAAUGAGGGACCUGGCUGACGAGGCAGGCAAGCUAAGAGCCAUUGCAGAGGAGGCUAAGCAUCAAAGGCAAGUUGCUGAAGAAGAAGCAGCUCGUCAGAGAGCAGAGGCUGAGAGGAUUCUCAAAGAGAAGCUCACCGCCAUCAGCGAUGCCACCCUUUUGAAAACGAAGGCAGAAAUUGCCCUGAAAGAAAAAGAAGCAGAAAACGAGAGACUGCGAAGACACGCUGAAGAUGAGGCUUACCAGAGGAAAGCGCUAGAAGACCAAGCCAAUCAACACAAGCAAGCAAUUGAGGAAAAGAUAAUACAACUGAAAAAAUCGUCGGAAGCCGAAAUGGAUCGGCAAAAAGCUAUCGUGGAUGACACACUCAAACAGAGGCGAGUUGUGGAAGAAGAGAUCAGAAUCCUGAAGCUGAACUUUGAGAAAGCGUCAUCUGGAAAACUCGAUCUGGAACUCGAGUUAAACAAGCUGAAAAAUAUCGCAGAGGAAACGCAGCAAAGCAAGCUCCGAGCUGAAGAGGAAGCCGAAAAAAUGAGAAGGCUCGCCCUUGAGGAGGAGAGGAAGAGAAGGGAAGCAGAGGAUAAAGUGAAAAAGAUCACUGCUGCAGAGGAAGAGGCGGCUCGUCAACGCAAGGCGGCCCAGGAUGAACUUGAGCGUUUGAAGAAAAAGGCAGAAGAAGCCAGGAAGCAGAAAGAAGAGGCUGAUGAAGAAGCAGAAAAACAGGUUGUGGCAGCUCAGCAAGCCGCCCUGAAAUGCAGCGCUGCGGAAGAGCAAGCGCAGAGUGUUCUCGCUCAACAGAAGGAGGACAGUAUCAUGCAGAAGAAGCUCAAGGAAGAGUAUGAGAAAGCCAAAAUGCUUGCCAAAGCAGCCGAGGCGGCAAAGGAGAAGGCAGAAAGGGAAGCUGCGCUGCUCCGUCAGCAAGCGGAGGAAGCUGAGCGGCAAAAGGCGGCCGCUGAAUUAGAAGCCACAAACCAAGCCAAAGCCCAGGAAGAUGCUGAGAGACUGCGGAAGGAAGCUGAAUUAGAAGCGGCUAAACUUGCCCAAGCUGAAGCUGCAGCAUUGAAGCAGAAGCAACAAGCGGAUGCUGAAAUGGCAAAACACAAAAAACUCGCGGAGCAAACAUUGAAGCAGAAGUUCGUAGUCGAACAAGAGCUCACCAAGGUGAAACUUCAGCUUAGUGAAACUGAUAAUCAAAAGUCUCUCCUCGAUGCCGAGCUGCAGCGUUUAAAGGAUGAGGUCGACGAUGCUGUGAGUCAAAAAGCGCAGGUUGAAGAUGAACUGAUGAAAGUAAAAGUUCAGAUGGAAGAGCUGCUCAAGCUUAAAAUGAAAAUUGAAGAGGAAAAUCAGCGCCUGAUCAAGAAAGACAAAGACAACACUCGAAAAUUCCUUGCAGACGAAGCCGAAAACAUGAAAAAGCUUGCUGAGGAUGCCGCAAGGCUUAGUGGAGAAGCUCAAGAGGCAGCUCGCUUGAGGCAGAUUGCUGAAGACGACCUGAAUCAGCAGCGAGCUCUUGCAGACAAAAUGCUCAAAGAGAAGAUGCAGGCCAUUCAGGAAGCAUCGAAAUUUAGAGCAGAGGCAGAGAUGCUCCAGAGGCAGAAGGACUUGGCUCAAGAGCAAGCACAAAAGCUGCUUGAGGACAAACAGCUCAUGCAGCAACGUCUGGAAGAGGAAACCGAGGAAUAUCAGAAGUCCCUUGAAGCAGAACGAAAAAGGCAAUUGGAGAUCAGGGCAGAGGCAGAAAAACUUAAACUCCAAGUUUCUCAGCUGAGCGAAGCCCAGGCCAAGGCAGAAGAAGCAGCAAAACAAUUUAAGAAACAAGCUGAUGUAAUCGCAUCCCGUCUUCAACAAACAGAAAUUGCCACCAAAGAAAAAAUGAUUGUUGUUCAGAAAUUGGAAGUUGAGAGACAAAAUAACAGCAAAGAAGCCGACGAUUUACGCAAAGCUAUCGCAGCGCUUGAGAAGGAGAAGGCUAGACUGAAAAAAGACGCUGAAGAACUUCAAAAUAUGUCUAAAGAGAUGGCUGAUGCACAACAGAAACAAAUUGAGCAUGAGAAGACAAUGCUCCAGCAAACAUUCCUUACAGAAAAGGAAAUGUUGUUGAAGAAGGAGAAGCUCAUUGAAGAUGAGAAAAAGAAAUUGGAGAGCCAAUUUCAAAAGGAAGUCAAAAAGGCACAAGCUCUAAAAGAUGAACAGGAACGCCAAAGACUAAAGAUGGAGGAAGAGAAGAAGAAAUUGCAAGCUACCAUGGAUGCAGCUCUAAAUAAACAGAAAGAGGCUGAAAGGGAGAUGAUAAACAAGCAAAAACAAAUGCAGGAACUGGAAAGGAACAGACUAGAGCAGGAAAGAAUCUUGGAAGAAGAGAACCAGAAACUGCGGGAGAAACUGCAGCAGAUGGAGACCGCAAACAAAGACUCUGUUCCAAUUACUAUGGCUGCCAAUGUUCUCAAUGGGCAAACUGCUAGUGACACAGUAGACAGCAUGGGGAAGAAAGCAGAUCCCUUGGCUUUUGAUGGUAUUCGUGAAAAAGUCCCAGCAAGCAGACUUUAUGACAUAGGUCUUCUACCAAAGAAAGAUCUUGAAAAGCUCAAAAAUGGUAAAACUACUGUUCAAGAGCUCGGUGAGACGGAAAACCUCAAAACCAUUCUUAAAGGAAAGAACAGCAUUGCUGGUAUUUUGACACCAUCAAAUAAAAUUAUGUCAAUUUACCAGGCAUCCCAAGAGAAGAAGAUUACUCCAGGCACAGCCAUGGUACUUCUUGAAGCCCAGGCUGCGACUGGUUACAUGCUAGAUCCCAUUAAUAAUAACAGGCUUUCUGUUAAUGAGGCUGUCAGGGAAGGCUUAAUUGGACCAGAGCUGCAUAAUAAAAUGCUUUUAGCUGAAAGGGCUGUGAUUGGUUACAAAGAUCCGUAUACAGGGGACAAAAUAUCUGUCUUUGAAUCUAUGAAAAAGGGACUGAUAGAACAUGAUCAUGCUAUCAGAGUCCUUGAGGCUCAGAUUGCAACAGGGGGCAUCGUUGAUCCUGUCAAUAGUCACCGUGUACCCAAUGAAGUGGCCUAUAAACAGGGACUUUAUGAUCCAGAAAUGAACAAGAUUUUGGAAAACCCCUCCGAUGACACAAGAGGUUACUUUGAUCCCAGCACCCAGGAACCACUGACAUAUUCUGAAUUAAUGACGAGGUGUUCAAUCGACCCUGAAACUGGCUUGCUUCUUUUGCGAAUCACAGAUAAAGCUGCACAAUGCUCAAGUAUGUACACAGAGGAAGAGACCAAGGAUGUGUUCAGUAAAACUACUGUGUCUGUUCCAUUUGGAAGAUUCAAGGGAAAGAAUGUCACCAUUUGGGAAAUAAUAAAUUCUGAGUACUUCACGGAAGAUCAAAAGAAAGAUCUUCUCCGUCAGUACAAAACAGGCAAGAUCACAAUAGAAAAAAUCAUUCGGAUUGUCAUCACAAUGGCAGAAGACAAAGAAAAGACAAAUGAAAUUAACUUCAGUGGUCUUAGAGCACCGGUUCCUGCAUCUGAGCUCCUAGAAUCCAAAAUUAUUGAUAAAGACCUGUACAACAAAUUGCAAAAGGGUAAUAAGACUGUCAAAGAGGUGUCUGAAAUGGAGCCUGUCCACACAGCUCUCAAGGGUACAAAUUGCAUUUCAGGUAUAAUUAUUGAGUCAACAGAGGAGCCAAUGUCCUUCUAUAAGGCAAUGAAGGAGGACAUAUUGAGACCUGGACUUGCCUUAUAUAUGCUUGAAGCCCAAGCAGGAACAGGCUAUGUGAUUGACCCUGUUGAAAAUAAGAAGUACACUGUUGAUGAAGCUGUAAAAGCAGGUGUUGUUGGCCCUGAGCUACAUGAAAAACUCCUAAGUGCAGAGAGAGCAGUCACGGGUUACAAAGAUCCAUAUACCGGAAAGACCGUGUCUCUGUUUCAAGCAAUGAAAAAAGAUCUAAUUCCUAAAGAGCAAGGAAUCAGACUGCUGGAUGCCCAAAUGACCACCGGCGGUAUCAUUGAUCCAGUCAACAGCCAUCGUGUCCCCCAUGAUGUUGCCUGCAAGCGAAAUUAUUUUAAUGAUGAAAUGAAACGCAGUCUCAGCCAAGCAUCUCAUGAAGUCAGAUGUUUCUAUGACCCCAAUGAAAAAGAAAAGGCGACAUAUGCGCAGCUAUUCCAGAGGUGUUUAACUGACAAAAAGACUGGUCUGCAGCUUUUCUUUCUCACCAAGGAAGCCAUCAAUGCAAAGGAAGAGCCAACACUUACCGACGCCCAGACAAAAGAGGUGAUGACUCAGGAAACCAUUGAACUUGAUUCUGGAUCUUUCAAAGGCAGGAAAAUUACCAUUUGGGAACUUAUCAACUCUGACUAUGUAACUGAGACACAAAGACUUGACCUGCUCAGACAAUUUCGAUCUGGAAAGAUAACACUUGAAAAGUUACUCAAGAUUGUAAUCACAUUCAUAGAGGAAGAGGAGGCAAAGAAACGGGAACGGCUAAGCUUCAAGGGUCUCAGAUCACCUGUUCCAGCAGGCUGUCUUUAUGAAUCCAAAAUAAUUGACAAAACAACACUCGAUCUUCUUCAACAUGGCAAAACAACGCCUAAAAAAGUCAGCGAGAAUCCCAGUGUGAAGAAAUACCUCUGGGGCUCAGAUAGCAUUUCUGGCAUCUUCUUAGAGCCAACAAAAGAGAAAUUGAGCAUUUAUCAGGCUAUGAAGAAAAACCUCAUCAGAAACGACACAGGGCUUUCUCUUCUGGAGGUUCAGGCAGCCACCGGCUUCAUUGUAGAUCCUGUGAAAAAACAGUUUUUGACAGUAGAUGAAGCCGUAAAAUCAGGCCUUGUCGGCCCAGAGCUUCAUGAAAAAUUGCUCUCUGCAGAAAAGGCUGUCACAGGAUAUAAAGAUCCAUUUACAGGCACCAAAAUAGGCCUCUUUGAAGCGAUGCAAAAGGAUCUUAUUUUGAAAGACCAAGCCAUGCCAUUGCUAGAAGCACAAAUGGUCACUGGAGGAAUAAUUGACCCUGUAAACAGUCUUCGUCUCCCAAUGGAUGUUGCUUUUGAAAAGAAUAUUUUCAGUCAGGAAAUGGCUAACACUCUCUCUCAGCCAUCUGAUGACAACAAGGCUUUCACGGACCCAGAAACCGAUGAAAAUGUAACAUAUAAACAGCUUAAAGACAAGUGCAAAAGAGACCCAGAUACAGGCAUGUGCAUCCUCACACUCUCAAAGCCUCAGUCUCCUACAGUUGUGGAGAAGACAUACCUCUUCACGGAGGAGCAAACGCAGAGUGACCUGGCCAAUACCCAAAUUGACAUUCCGAUUGAGGGUUUUGCUGAUAAACCGACAAACCUCUGGGAUAUCAUGAACUCUAAUUUGAUCCCAGAACAGCAGAGGCAGAAGCUUAUGGAUGAAUAUCGUUCUGGAAACAUGACUAAAGAACGAAUGAUCAUAAUUAUUAUUGAAAUCAUGGAGCAGAGAGAGAUCAUACGAAAUGAGAAUCCUCUUUUGUGCAAGACAAUGAGGAGACAAAUUACCAUUGAGGAGCUGCACAAUGCUCGCAUCAUUGACUUGGAAACGUACAACCUUCUUAAACAGGGGAAAAGAGAUAUCCGUGACAUAAUGGAAAUGAAUAGUGUAAAACAGUAUUUAUAUGGCACUGGCUGCGUUGCUGGCGUGCAAACUGACUCAAGCUCAAAGAUAAGCAUAUAUCAAGCCAUGAACAGGGGAUUUCUUGAACCGGAAAUUGCCCUUAGUCUCUUGGAAGCACAGGCAGCGACAGGAUGCAUUGUUGAUCCAGUAAAAAAUGAGACACUUACUGUUGAUGAAGCAGUUCGUAAGGGAGUUGUAGGCCCCGAGAUCCAUGAUAAACUACUUUCUGCUGAGAGAGCAGUUACAGGAUACAAAGAUCCAUACAGCGGAAAGGUCAUAUCUCUUUUCCAGGCCAUGAAAAAAGAUCUUGUUAAAGAAGAUUAUGCUUUGAAAAUGUUAGAGGCACAGUCUGCCACAGGGGGAAUUAUUGAUCCUGUAUUCCAGUUUCAUUUACCCACAGACAUUGCUGUGCAAAGAGGUUAUAUCAACAAGGAUAUCAAUGAGAGAUUGGCAGACAGUGUUAAAGGUUUCAUUGACCCUGUCACUGACGAGAAGGUGUCAUAUGCACAGCUACUUAAGAGAUGCAAGCUAGAAGGCGGAUUGCGUCUCCUCUCUCUGGGAGACAAGAGAUUGAUGUUCAAGGGUCUUAGAAAACAAAUCACAAUGGAAGAACUUCUCCUGUCACAAAUUAUUGACCAGAAAACUGUCACAGAACUAAAUGAAGGUCUUGUUUCAGUGGAGGAGGUCAGCAAUAGGUUAUCCAAGUACCUUGAGGGCACAAGCUGCAUUGCGGGUGUAUUCAUAGAGAACACAAAGGAACGCCUAUCAGUUUACCAAGCUAUGAAGAAGACCAUGAUCAGGCCAGGCACAGCCUUCGAACUUCUUGAGGCCCAGGCAGCUACAGGUUAUGUUAUUGACCCAAUUAAAAACCUCAAGCUGACUGUUCAUGAAGCCGUGAAAAUGGGAAUCGUUGGACCUGAAUUCAAAGACAAACUUCUCUCUGCUGAGCGUGCAGUGACUGGGUACAGGGAUCCAUAUACAGGCAAGACAAUAUCACUCUUCCAGGCCAUGAAAAAGGGACUCAUCCUUAAAGAUCAUGGUAUCCGUCUCCUGGAGGCUCAGAUAGCCACCGGUGGAAUAAUUGACCCUGAGGAAAGUCAUCGUUUGCCAGUUGAGAUGGCAUAUGAACGUGGCUUCUUUGAUGAGGAAAUGAAUGAAAUACUGACGGACCCAUCUGAUGACACCAAAGGUUUUUUUGAUCCCAACACUGAAGAGAACUUAACAUACCUGCAACUCAUGGAGAGAUGCAUUACUGAUCCUGACACUGGCCUGGUUCUUCUUCUCCUUAAAGGGAAGAAGCGAGAGAGGAAGACUUCUGCAAAAUCCUCAGUUCGUAAACGAAGGGUUGUUAUUGUUGACCCAGACACAGGCAAAGAAAUGACUGUGUAUGAGGCCUACAGGAACGGACUCAUAGACCGCCAGACCUACUUGGAGCUUGCUGAACAAGAGUGUGAAUGGGAAGAAAUCACAAUGACAUCUUCUGAUGGUACAGUGAAAUCCAUCAUUAUUGAUAGGAAGUCAGGGAGACAGUAUGAUGUUGAUGAUGCGCUAGCACGUGGCCUCAUUGACCAAAAUUCUCUUGAAACAUAUCGAUCGGGAAACCUGCCCAUCACAGAGUUUGCUGACAUGCUUUCCGGAAACAUGGGAGGCUUCCGGUCUCGCUCCUCUUCAUUUGGUUCCACCACUUGUUCUGAUUACUCCUCUCCAAUGAGCCCAAUACCUACCAUAAAACCACCUGCAGUCAUAUGGAACGAUCCAACAGAGGAGACUGGCCCUAUAGCCGGAAUCCUGGACAUAGACACAUUGGAGAAGGUAUCAGUCACUGAGGCUAUCCGCAGAAACUUGGUAGACAACAUCACUGGCCAAAGAUUGUUGGAGGCCCAAGCCUGUACUGGAGGAAUAAUUGACCCUUCAAGUGGGGAGAGAUUUUCAGUCACAGAUGCUUCAGAAAAAAAUCUUGUUGACAAAAUCAUGGUUGAUCGUCUUAAUCUGGCUCAAAAAGCAUUCAAUGGAUUUGAAGACCCCAGAACUAAAGAAAGGAUGUCUGCCUCCCAAGCUCUAAAGAAGGGCUGGUUGUAUUAUGAAGCUGGGCAACGAUUCCUUGAGGUACAAUAUCUGACAGGUGGACUUGUUGAGCCUGAUGUCGAGGGAAGGGUCUCACUGGAUGAAUCAAUCAAGAAGGGUACAAUCGAUGCCCGCACAGCCCAGAAACUAAGAGAUGUCAAUUCCUACUCAAGAUACCUAACAUGUCCAAAAACUAAACUCAAAAUCUCUUUCAGAGAUGCUAUGGACAGAAGCAUGGUUGAGGAAGGAUCUGGUCUUAGGCUUUUAGAGGCCUCUUCACAGUCCAGCAAAGGCCUGUAUAGUCCAUACAAUGUCAGUGGUUCUGGAUCUGCUUAUGGGUCACGGACAGGGUCAAGGACAGGUUCCCGAUCAGGAUCCAGGAGAGGCAGUAUUGAUGCAGGCUCUAGCUUCGCCGUCAACUACUCGUCUUCUUCCUUCACAUCUUCCUCAUCUGGCUAUAGCCGCAAAUUUUAAUUGGCCAUAUAUAUCAGCCUCUAACAGCUUUAUAAUUUGGCAUAUUCAACAUAGGAAUCAACAGCACCACCUUAUUAUAUAAGUUCAGUUAUUUCAGAAAAAAAAUAAUAGCAACGAAAUUAGAAUGUAUUUAUUUUGCACGCCAUGUGGUCAAAUCAAGCCUUGCCUUGACGAUUCAUUUUGUUUCUAAGGAACCUUGUCUAAAGUAUAUUCCGAGAUGAAUAUAAAGAAAACAAAGAAUUGCUACAAAUAUAAUGAUAUUUUUGUAGUACAAAUAACUCCGCAUGGUGUAUAUCCAGCAUGACAUUUCUGUUUUUUCAAAGUGGCUUCAUUGCAUUUUAUGGCUAAAAAUGUAAGAAGUUAUAUAUUUUGUGUUUCCUAACUAAUGUUGCUUGUAUGUCAAGCUGAAAUACUUUUCCAGUGUUCCUUGUUUUAUUUGAAAUUCAAUACAAUGUUUAUUUUGUAUCUUUUUUGACACGACUAAAUAAGAUGCAUAGCGACAAUGUUUUGACAAAAUCUAGUGUAUUUAUCUAACACUUACACAGGUUAUAGUUCAAACAGAUUUUGUGUUUUGUUGAUCAUUGUGUAAUUGCAGUCUCAAACAUACUAAAAUGAAGCAACACCAGAAUACACCAGUGAAAUUGUCAUAAUUUGUUACCGGUAUGCAAUAUACAUACACAUACAUAUAUACAUACAUACACACACAGUACUUUCAUAUCAAUAUUUGUGAUGCUUUGAACUUUAUAUAAAAUGGACUUGCUUGCAUGCUUUUUGUUCAAUAUUCACACUC